AGAUUUAGUCUAGAUAUUUCAAAUAAGAGGAUAUUGGAGCAAGAGAAAUGGAGAAUGGGAUUAUUUUACAAAUGAAUGGGAGGAAAGGAUCGGAAGAAAAGAAAAGUAAAGAUAACGAAGAAAAUGGAAAGGAGAAUCUGAAGAAAACACAAGAAAGUGUUCUCUACAAAAUUGAAGAUAUACCCCCUUGGUACAUGUGCAUGUUCUUAGGGUUACAACACUACCUAACUAUGUUUGGAGGAACAAUAUCAAUUCCAUUUAUUCUUUGUGAAUUCCUCUGUAUUGGAGAGACAGAUCCUGCCCGGGGUUAUAUUAUUUCUACAAUAUUUUUUGUGUCUGGCAUUGUGACUCUUCUACAGACUACAAUAGGAUGUCGUCUUCCUAUAAUACAGGGUGGAACAUUUACAUUUAUUGUUCCAACCUUGGCUCUUCUAAACCUGGAUAAAUGGACCUGCAAGGAGACGGAUCCAGUUGACCCUCAAGAAUAUUGGCAGCUUCGAAUGCGGGAAGUUCAAGGAGCCAUUAUUGUAUCCUCUCUCCUUCAAGUUAUCAUAGGGUAUACAGGUUUGCUAAGUUUGAUAAUGAGAUGGAUAACACCUUUAACAAUUGGACCCUCUGUAGCUAUGAUUGGUUUAUCUCUCUUCGAUGUCGCAGCACAUAAUGCGUCGGGACACUGGGGAGUAGCAGGAGGAACAAUCCUUCUGAUGAUCUUAUUCUCCCAGUACCUGGAGAAAGCCUGGAUACCUUUACCUGGAAGGAAGAAUAUGAUUAAGUUCCGAGUAUUUAGCUUGUUUCCUGUUCUGCUGACUAUCCUGAUAAUGUGGGGUAUAUGUGGCAUCUACACUAUACUAGAUGGAAGCAACCCAAACAUAUCUGUAACUGCCAGGAAGGAUCUUUUCAUUAAUUCAGAUUGGUUUCGAGUUCCGUAUCCAUUUCAAUGGGGAACGCCCACAGUAUCUGUUGAGGGCGUGGUUGGGAUGAUGGCUGGAGUGCUAGCUUCUGCUAUAGAAAGUGUCGGAGAUUACUACGCCUGCGCUAGGUUAUCAGGUGCUCCACCACCCCCCAGCCACGCUAUAAGUCGUGGUAUAGGAACUGAAGGUCUAGGAUGUGUUAUUGCUGGUCUAAUGGGAACUGGAAAUGGAACAACCAGCUACAGUGAGAAUAUUGGAGCUAUAGGCAUUACGAAGGUGGGAAGCAGGCGUGUUAUCCAAUAUGCUGCUCUUAUCAUGAUUAUGUUUGGAGUAGUAAACAAGUUUGGAGCACUUUUUCUCACCAUUCCCACACCCAUCAUUGGAGGAAUAUUUUGUGUUAUGUUUGGAAUAAUAACAGCUGUUGGUCUCUCCAAUCUUCAGUUUGUGGAUCUCAACUCGACUCGAAACCUUUUCGUUCUUGGCUUUUCAAUAUUCUUUGCUCUUGUCCUUCCGAAGUGGAUGGAGAGUGAGGAAGGGAAGGGAAGUAUAAAAACCGGUUCUGAUGCAGCUGAUCAAAUAAUAACAGUACUGCUCUCUACCAGUAUGUUUGUUGCUAUGUUUCUAGGAUUCGUUCUUGAUAAUACAAUUCCAGGGACUGAUGAGGAGAGAGGACAAAUAGCUUGGAAGAAUCAGCAUUUAUCAGAAGAAAACUAUGAUGCAGUCACAAUAAGAUGUUAUGAUUUGCCCUGGAUUACUCCACUGUUAAAGAGGAUCUCAUGGACUAGAUAUUUACCCUUCUCUCCGACCUUUCAGUACUGGUGAAACUGUUCGAGGCCCUUGGCCCCUUAAUAGUGAAAAGUACAAUAUUUAUCUUAUUCUAGGCCCCUUAAUAGUGAAAAGUACAAUAUUUAUCUUAUUCCAGGCCCUCAAUAGUGAAAAGUACAAUAUUUAUCUUGUUCCAGGCCCUCAAUAGUGAAAAGUACAAUAUUUAUCUUAUUCUAGGCCCUCAAUAGUGAAAAGUACAAUAUUUAUCUUAUUCCAGGCCCUCAAUAGUGAAAAGUACAAUAUUUAUCUUAUUCCAGGCCCUCAAUAGUGAAAAGUACAAUAUUUAUCUUAUUCUAGGCCCUUAAUAGUGAAAAGUACAAUAUUUAUCUUAUUCUAGGACCUUAAUAGUGAAAAGUACAAUAUUUAUCUUAUUCUAGGCCCUUAAUAGUGAAAAGUACAAUAUUUAUCUUAUUCUUGGCCCUUAAUAGUGAAAAGUACAAUAUUUAUCUUAUUCUAGGCCCUUAAUAGUGAAAAGUAAA